AUGGAGUGCAGAAAACUGGAAAUAACACUUGUGUCAGCCCAAAACCUCCCCAACCUCCGAAAUCUAGGGUUGAUGAAAGUCUACGCCAAGGUUUCACUCGAAGGCGAAGCGAAUACCAGCCUUGUUGACAAUGAGGGCGGGACGAACCCGAGGUGGAACUUCGUGGUGAAUUACAUGGUCAGCGAGUCAACUGUCCGGCGGCAUGGAGUCAACGUGGUGGUGAAGCUGCUGUGCAAGAGGAGUCUGGGAGAUAGGCUGAUCGGCGAGGUCAGAAUUCCUGUGAAGGAACUGUUUGAUAAGGGAUUGAGAUCGGAGAGCGUUGUGAGCUACGACGUGGCCGGGACUCCGGAAGGGACGCUGGAUUUGAUGUACAGUUUUAGUGAGAGAAUGGUGGUGAGGAAGCCGCCGUCUUGGUGGACGACGGCGCUCGGGUGUUUGAUGCUGGUGGGCGGAGUGAUGCUCCUGUUAGGCACACAGUCCAACCAUCACUACGUGAAUGUUCACGACCAACAUGACGAACCGCAGCCUGCGGAUCAGGAUUGA